CUACUACCGAGAGACACCCUACAAUUCCCUACAUAGACAACCCUUCUCCUGCCCACCGUCAACAUAUAGAUCCUCCUCAAAAUAUAGCAGCACGCAGCACCACAAGGACCCGACAAUCCGCGCCCGAAUUCCUCUGCCGCCGGCUGGUCCGAGUUGCCGCAUGGUCCGAAGACCACUCCUACUUCCCUAGUCUCGAAUGGCGCGUCAAGGUCUCACGAUCGAUGGAAUCAGAUUCAGAGAUGCUGAGGGCCGCGAGAUAACUUUCCGGGGCAUCAAUGUUGCAGGAGAGUGCAAAUUUCCUCGGCAUCCCGACCAACCAUCUCACCAGCCCGAUGGCUUCUUCGACGCAGACAAUGUCUCGUUCGUUGGACGGCCGUUCACCGAGGAAGAGGCGCAUAUACAUUUUGCCAGGUUGAAGAGAUGGGGCUAUAAUGUGAUACGCUACAUCUUCACCUGGGAAGCUCUGGAGCAUGCCGGGCCCGGCGAAUACGACGAAGACUUCAUAGAUCACACUAUCAAGAUUCUGCGUAUAGCAAAGUCCUAUGGGUUCUAUGUCUUUAUGGAUCCGCAUCAGGAUGUCUGGUCAAGGUUCACAGGAGGCUCUGGUGCCCCUUUGUGGACUCUGCAUGCUUGUGGCUUGGACCCAACGACCUUUACCGCCAACCAAGCGGCGGUCGUCCACAAUACCUGGCCAGACCCAACCAAUUUCCCAAAGAUGUUAUGGCCGACAAAUUACACUCGCCUAGCUGCCCAGACCGCUUUUACCCUCUUCUACGCCGGACGGGACUUUGCGCCGAAAGCGAUAAUCGAUGGCAAGAAUAUCCAGGACUAUCUUACUGACCAUUUCAUAGCGGCUUGCGCCCAUUUGGCUCAGAGAAUACACGAGGCUGGAGAUCUGGAAGACGAAUGCAUCAUCGGGUGGGAAACUAUGAAUGAGCCUCAUCGAGGUUUGGUCGGUUGGGAGGACUUAGACGCCAUCCCAGACGACUUGAAAAUGAGAAAAGGAACGUGUCCGACGCCAUGGCAAGCCAUCCUGACUGGUGCUGGGCGGGCAGUCGAGAUAGACACGUAUGAGUUCGGCACCUUCGGCGCUUACAAGAGUGGCCGGGAACUGGUGGACCCCGAAGGCGUGUUCGCCUGGCUCUCCUCCAGCGUCGAUGAUUCCAAAUAUGGCUGGAAACGAGAUCCGGGUUGGAAGCUCGGGGAAUGUAUCUGGGCCCAGCACGGGGUCUGGGAUCCGACUCAGGACCUGCUUCUCAAGAGAGACUAUUUUGCAACGGCACCAAAAUCAGGCACCAAGUUGGACUACGAAGCAUUCACCAACACCUAUUACAUGGACCAUUUCCGGAAAUACAGAGAUGCCAUUCGUUCCAUCCAUAAGGACUGCGUGAUCCUAAUGCAGUCGGCAGUUCUGGAGAUUCCCCCAAGCAUCAAAGAUACACCAGACGACGACAAACGUUUGGUGUUUGCCACGCACUACUAUGAUGGACUUACUUUGAUUCAGAAACACUGGAACAAGUACUACAACGUGGACAUUUUUGGAUUGCUACGGCACCGCUACUCGAACCCGGUAUUCGCAGUGCGGCUUGGGGAGAGUGCGAUCCGAAACUGCUUGCGUGACCAACUGAAAGCCAUUCGAGACGAAGGACUCGAACACUUGGGCGAUCAUCCUACUUUGUUCACGGAGAUCGGAAUACCAUUCGACAUGGACGACAAAUAUGCAUACAAGACCGGCGACUAUUCCAGCCAAACGUCUGCCUUGGACGCCAAUCAUUACGCCCUCGAGGGUUCUGGUGCCCAGGGAUAUGCUCUGUGGACUUAUACCAGCCAGAACAAUCACGAAUAUGGAGACUUGUGGAACGGCGAAGAUCUCUCGAUAGUAUCUGUUGAUGACCCUCUUCUCCCACAUGACCCGUCGUCACUUUCCGCUUACCCGUCCACUAAUCCCUCAAGCACAUCCUUGGGGAAGGGCCCAGGCUCUUACUCAGGCAGCACAUUGAUCGAACCCACCAAUCUAAAGGAUGCCUUGAGGACGCCCGAUAUCCAGCAAAAGGUUUCGGCAACCGGGCCUCAGCUGGCUUCGAGCAAUACAGGCCUCCGGGCAGCAGAGGCGUAUGUUAGACCGACUCCUAUUGCCACGGUGGGAGAUGUGGUCGGAUAUGGAUUUGACCUCCGUCGUGUGGUGUUCACUUUCAGCCUUCUGUCAGACCGCGCCACCAAGGAGGACGUACCCACCGAAAUAUUCUUGCCCGAGUAUCAUUUCCCACCGGGCAAGACGCAGGUCGAAGUCAGCGGUGGGAGAUGGCGGAUCGAUGUCCUAGACGUCAACGGUGAGGGCAUGCAAGUCAUGAAGUGGUGGCAUGGCGUUGGCGAACAGACCAUGACCGUCAAGGGUGUCAAGAGGAAACCUGGUGCAUUAUUGGAUGAAGAAGAGGAUGUCGAUGCUGGGUAUCUCGAGGCCGUCAAAUCUACGGCUGAGAAUUGCUCUGUCAUGUGAAGCACAAGCAGAAGCAUUGGAGUACCGCAUGCAUGAUUGUGUGGCCUUGGUUGUCAAAAAGGCGCAUGUUAGCGGUUUAUGAAGCGCUGUCGAUCAUGAUUACAACUGCUAUAAUUUUGUAUUGCUCCCUGAUCCAUGGCAUACUUGUAGCGCUCCACGGAUGGAAGUUUUUGUCAUUUGCUAAGCCUAGCUUGUAGUCAAGGCCCGUCUGAUGGAAUUUUGACCAUUCUUGGUAUACCAGACCUCAAUCCUGAUUUUCCACCUGUGG